GAAGGUGGUCCCGUGCGGGGCCGACACAAAUUCGUGGAGAGGAAGAACUUCAUGCCAGAGCCGGUUCCUCCGAAGGAGGAAGAGGAGGCGGCAGAAGCAAGAAAGGGUUGGAAUUGGUGCAAAAGUGGGCGGAAGCUCUUGGACACGAGCGGAGAUUGGAACGAGCAGAAGGCGACUCUGCAUAGAACGCAGAGCCUCCCGAAGGCUUUAGCUGGCGCUUCGCUCCUGCCGGGCGCCAACGGGGCACCAGCUUCCCCGUUCCAUGGCUUGGCUACGCGCCGUUUCGGGGAGGAUUCUGGCUGGGAUGGGCGCAUGCGCGGUUCCACCCUGGCGCGAAGGAACUGGGCCGGCACCUGCCCAGACAAGGACACCAAGAUGCGCGUCUGA